AUGCACUUGCUAAUUUUUACAGUGCUUUUAACUGGUGUUCUUACACUACCACGUGAACAUAUCGCUCUGGGACCACCGCUUUCAGAAGAAGAUGUGAACGAUGAAACUCCACCACAUGAUGAUUUCGAAUCGUUGAUCCCUGACGAGAUUGCUGAAAAACUGAUAGCAAAUGCGAUUAGUGACAAAGAGAAAAAUAGUACUGAAAAUGAUCAAAAAGGUGCUAGUACACGCAAACUAAAAGGCAGAGAUAUCAUAAAAGCAAGAGAGCAAAAUGAAAAGCCACGGAAAUUCAAGAAGGAUGGGAACAAAGAAGAUACGACCAGUGACAUGAAACGGCAUAACACAUGGUACAGCAUAAUGAGGAAUGCUCAAAAGAGACAGGUUAAUAGCGAACAAGAAGCUGCUUUGCUGAACAUCAAAGGAGUCAAGAAACCCUGUCGUUUACCAAACGAGGCGGCUACCAGUGCACUCUAUAUACACAGAGCGUUUCGCAAAAACGAAUCAGCUGGAAAUAUGUGGUCACUGGAUUGGGACCCAGACCUUGCUGACUUAGCACAAGGAUUAGCAGAUGAAUGCACAUUUAAGCACACAAACCUGGAGUUCGCUAAUGGUGUACGCGUUGGUCAAAAUUUAGGCGCUAUAACAGGAAAUGAUCAUUCUAUUGAGAGAAUUGUGCACUUGUUUAUGAACGAAAAAGACGAUUAUAAUUAUAAGGAUCAUCAAUGGACUGAUGUUGUUGGACACUAUUUACAAGUAGUAAACUGGAGAACCAUUAAAGUUGGUUGUGCAGUAAACAAAUGUGACAACUUGUAUGUAUCAACAUCAACUCAACAUGAAGUAUGGAACAAUGCUUGGUAUUGGGUCUGUGACUACUGGCCUCCUGUAUCUUACAAUUCGAGACCUUAUGACUAUACGGAUGGGAAAGUAUGUUCUGAAUGUAUGGUGCCAAAGGACAGUGGACUUGGAUGGAAAUGUGUAGAUCAAACAUGCCGUGAUUGUAAGCUAGACGGAUCUGAUCCAAACUGCAAACAAUCGAAGGAGUGCACUGAAUUUAAUGAAGACAAGGAUCCAAUGUGUCCAAUGGUUGCAGCAUACGGAAUGUGUGGAGGUCACAAUUUCAAAUGGUCUUUAAUCACUUGCCAGACAUCGUGCAAAUUAUGUUCAACAGUAAAUGACGCAUUCGUGGAAGAAGCUUAAUCGGCUGUGGAUGAACUAUAAUUGGAAAUGCUUUUGAAUCGCCCACGGAUAUCCGUAUGGACUAACUGUAGAAUAUGCUUUUAAUUUUCAUGUGUAUACCAGCCUUAAACAAAUCAUAAUAUGAUUAAAACAUAUUUGAUAUUACUCGA